AUGAUGUAUGUAUUCACGUUAGCUGCCAAUAGUGAAAUGACAUGUCAGUUGCCACCUUUGCGCAAGAGGCCUCGAAACUUCUAUGCGACCAAUAGUGAGCUAACCUUAUCAACCAUUCCAAUGACGUGGAAGGAAAAGACAUUGGGUAUUAAGCUCGCCGAUCUGUGUGCGAUUGGGAAAUACCGUCUCGCAAUUAUAGAGUAUGUCGACAAAAAGGCAUUUGAAAGGAAAAUCGAAAAAUUCAUUCUCAUACCGCCUCACAUCGCAAUUAUAGAGUAUGUCAACGAGAAGGCAUUUGAAGCAUGUUUCGGCAAAAAUUUCGGGAUGUACCACAGCACUCGAGAAAUUAAGGGCCUUUUGUAG